AUGAAAUUCACAGAGGCUAUACUACCAUCACUGCUUUACGCGCUGUAUUCGAAAGAUAGUGCGAUGGCUAAAGCUCCUGCUAAACUAGUUAUGAUUCUGUGCGCCCUAUGCCCAAGCAGAGUGCUUCCGAAAGUAUUAGAACAUAUCUAUUCUGCGAUAUUCGCCGUUGACGAGCCUCAUCGACUGAUCCAAACUUUGAACUGCUUAGUUGAGCUAGUGUUCCUCAUUUCUCAAGAUAACAAUUUAAGCCCUUCACAUACUCCAAUGGAAAAAGAUUGGAUCCUGGAAAUGGAAAAGAACAUCACUUUGGUUUUUUAUAUGGUACCAAUUCUCGAUUAUUCUGACUGUAUUCAAUACCACAGCCUUACCGAUAAAGAAAAGGCACUUUGUAAAAUGUCGCCAAGGCUUCCAGUCCUUGCUGGAAUGGCAUUGGACAAAAUACUCAGUGUGAUUGAGUGCAUAGCUGUGACGGCACCAAAGGACUCAUCAACUGUAAUAGGAAAUUUCAAGGACCUCGCUGCAGAAGAGGGUAGUGAAGAGAAACUUCUAAAAAAGGCAAUCAAUCGUUGUGUGGCAGCGAUUUUCAAGAACGCAAAUCAACACGUUACAUCUAGCGGAGCACAAGGAUUAUGGAAUAGCUUGUAUAUGCUUUCUCGUGUUUAUCCGGAAAGCUCACGUUACAUGGCGCUCAAGUUGAAUAGGCCGUUGAAGGAAUGGAUACCGAUCCGGGAAUGGUCUCGUUUGUAUAAGUUAGACGAGAUGAAAAUGGCUUGGCAUAUUCCUAGCGAAAAAGGAAAAGCUGUUAUCGAAGAGAUCUUGAAGAAAUUUCUUUUCCCAAUAGUGGAUGAGAUAAUGGCUUUGCCUGUGGACAGAGAAAGGCUUAAGAAGGCAUUUACGAUAAUUAACUCGAUUUUCACUGGAGGUGCUAUAUGCUUUGCUAUGCCUCCAUCCCCUCUGUACCCAUGCCCAAGAAGCUUGCUGCCAUGGUUUAAUCCCAACAUUCCUAAUGCAGCUGUUUACAAAAUGGAUAUACGUCAUCCAAGUGGCAAGAAUGUUAGAGAGAUGCUUGUCGAUCUCUUCGAGGAAGUUAUAAAUCGGGCAGAGAAGUCUCAAAGAGAACACAGCCAAGUCUUAGUAGUCAUAUGCUCCCUGCUUCAUUAUGUAAUCCAUGUCAAUUUCAUCGAUUCGGCUGAAUUGCUUACUGCCACAGACGAACAGAAUGAAGUCUUUGGGUUUUUGAGCGACCCGAUUAAGCGAGAACUUCCAGAACAUGUCUAUGGAGCUGCAGCAUACGUCUGUCACAUGAAGCAUGCUACUUCUACGUCAACGCUUUUCUCAGAAUUCCAUUUACGAGUAACACGGCUGCUGUUACGCCUGGCACUCAAUGUUUACCCUGAAGUGCGUUUUGCCGCACAGACAGAACUAUUCUCUGUUUUUGCCGAGUACGAUAUGGCGAAAGAAGCCAUAGUUGACAACGUUAUUUCGGUGCUAGCCGACCAGAAUUCGUCUAAAGAGAAGAUUAAAGGAGCGUUGAUUGUUAUUUGGAAGUCGAACUUGGCAAUCGAUUCGACCAAGCAGACAAGGAUCAAGAUCUGGCAGACUCUUCUUGAAAUGAAGGCACUGGAAAUACCCGCGCUUCUCGAAGUGUAUGAGGAAAUUUGUAAUCAAAUAGCGACCAUGCAGAUGCCCAUCCAGAAGCAUUACGAGUGCAAACAGUUGAUCAAUCAUUGCGAAAUGAUGCUCAGAAAACUUCAUAGGACUGGCGAAUGGGCGAAAUUCAAUUCUGAGAAAUCCUUGGAGUUAACAAGGAAGGAUUUCACGGCGUUUGCGGCGUCAAUGGAUAAGGCUGUGUCCAUGAAUUGGCCUGCUGCAGUGUUGGUCGUGGUGGUGGCGAUGACCAGUUGCUGGUCAGCUGUUGCGAGGCAACAAGAAGAGUUGGUUCACAUGUUAUUGAAACAAUUUGCAAGAAAAGAUUUGCUACACACACGGGCAAAGCUGUGUCAUAUGAUGUUGUGGCAAUGCCAGAUGGAGAAGGCAGGCCUUGAAACUAUAGAGGUGCCCGAAACAGUCCCACUGAGGUGUGGAAUACGUCCGGACAAUUUGUGCUUGGCUUACGAUUCAGAAAAUCUACCUAAUACAGAAGAAAAGUGGAACAACACGGUGUUUUUCUCCAAGCAAUUCGGCUGCUACAAAUGGCCAGAAACAAUAAGUGUAGUUGUAUUGGCCAAACAAGCACAAAUUGAUCGCCCAGAAUUGAAUGAAUGUGAAAAGACGAUCGUGGCGGCUUUCGAGGAUCCACAGCUAUUUUUUACAUGGAUUAGUAUACUUAUCUUCGAAAAGAGAGAUAUACCGGAACUCAAAGAAAGCACUAUAUGGAUUGUUAAGCGAGCGCACCAACGACUUGCUGCCGAAAUCUUCGCUGGAGUGGCGCAGGGAACGAAGUAUCGCGGAUUCAAAGUGCUCAAUGAUUUGUGGACCACAUUGUCUCAAGCCGUGGAUCUCAUGUAUGAUUACAUGAAUGCCGACGCCUACAAUUUAUGGAGCGUCGUGAUGAUUCAAGUACUCCAGCGUGACGAUACUAGACGAUAUUGGUGGCUGAUAGAACAAUUUUUGAAAGGCAUGAGUCGUCCAGCACCAACUGCGUGGCAUCGAGCUGUGCGCCUGCUAGCAAUGCCAGCGAAUCGAUGGAGAGAAGUGGAAACUCGUCGUCGAAUUUGCGAAAUCGCUUGGCGUGAUCUCCCAAAGGCUAAAAUUGAUACUCAGCGAUUAGCAAUAUCCACAUCGUUGAAGAACAUAUGUGUCUUAAUGGAUGCAAAUAUGAACAACGAUUUCAAGGACCUACCCGAGCGUUUUCGACUCGAAUCUGCUGAUUAUUGCAAAUCAGGUCAGGACAGUACACAAGGUUCAAAGACCAGUCUAGCGAAAGCAAUCCCUACUGAUGUGUCAAUGAACAAGGCGAUUAACAAAUUGGCGGCAACCUCUGCAGCUACUAGUAAUGACGAUAAGCCUCAAAUUUACCUGAGAACACUUUUGGAGUUUCUUUUACAAUACUACGAAAACUGUAUAACAUGCCUCACACCUAGCAUCAUAUCUUUGUUCCCGGUAUUACUUGAAUAUGCAAAUCAAGACGAUGCAGAAUAUGAAUUACAUGGCUCUCUGAAGGAUAUGGAUAUAAAAUUAAGUGCAAAUAAUCUUAUACAUGACAGCAUGUCGAGCUUAUUCCUGACGUCGAAGUUUGCAGAUUCAUUUCUAGGAAUUGUUGCACAAGCUUAUUUGAAUGAUCUCAUGAAGAGCAAGAGCACUGCUGUAUUGCAUGGUGGAAUACUUGGAAUGGCGGCUGUCGUACGAGCUCAUCCAUUUUCGACAACACCUGCAGUAAAAACAGUCUUGCGGGCGCUCUGUGAAGUCACCGGUCCUACUGCUGAGCAUCAGAGAACUGCAACCACUGCAAUUCGCGAGUUCCGUCGUACACAUCGAGAAAAUUGGGAGUCUACUGCACGAUUUUUGGGAUCAGACCUUGUGUUCAAGAUCGAGAAUGCCAUAGCUCCUCUCUAUUACGCUUAA